AUGUCGUUUGUCGGAGGCGGUGCCGAAUGUUCGGCCAACAACAAUGUGAUUGCUCAGCUCAACAAACACUCCCAGCAGGACCGGUCGCUUCAGAGACAAGUGGCUCAAGGCCCCAUGAUGCAACAAGGGGGGUUCAAACUGGAGAAUAUGAUGAACCAGCAGAACCGCCAAAACAUGGAGCAGUUCAUGGGCGGUGGUUCUCCCGGUCAAGCGUUUCAAUUCCAACCUAUGCGUCAUGAGCUCAACAUGAUCUCCAAGGGGGCUCCGCAAAACCAGCAAAGCUGGGGUGCUGAAUUCCAAGCCCACUCGCCUAGUCCCAUUCAAGCGUCGCCUAUGGCUCAAAACGCUGCUCCCGUCACUGCAAACUCCAACUGGGCCCAAGAUUUCGCCCACCAACUGCCUCAACUCCAACAGCCUGUAGCUGCUCCCUCAGCCUCGAUGUCCACCAUGGGUGGCUACCGCCCCAUGAUGGGUAUGGGCAUGGGCAUGGGUAUGGGUAUGCAAAUGGCCGGUGGCCCCAUGCAGUCGAAUCAAAUGCAGCAGCAACCGGUGAAUCAGGAACAACAAGUUGACUGGGAUAACCAGUUUAAGGAAAUCGAAAACCUUGAAAAGGAGGCUGAAGCCACCACUAAGGAAGCUGAUGUUCAGGAAGAGAAGGCUGAUGACUUGAUUGUGGACGACAAGUACCAAGCCACCUUCCAAGAAGUGUGGGAUGGGCUCAACUCCGAAGCAAUUGAGAACGAUUUCAUUACUCAACAAUACGAAGAAUUCAAGAAGACUCAAGUCGAAGGCUUGCCCCCUAACAUGAGCCAAUGGGAGCGGGACUUCGCUCGCUUCGCCGGUACCAGAGCUAACUUCGGUGAAUACCUGUUUGAAGAGAAAAGCCAGAACCAAUUCAUGGACCUUCCCCAAGACGCCGACCCUUACGAGAUUGGGUUGCAACUUAUGGAAAACGGUGCUAAGUUGUCGGAAGCCGCUCUUGCGUUUGAAGCUGCUAUCCAACGGAACCCUGAACACGUUGACGCUUGGCUCAAGUUGGGUGAAGUUCAAACUCAAAACGAAAAGGAAAUCGCUGGUAUUCUGGCUCUUGAAAAAUGUCUCGAGCUUGCCCCUGAGAACUCGGCGGCAUUGAUGACUUUGGCCAUUUCUUACAUCAAUGAAGGCUAUGACAAUGCUGCUUUUGCGACUUUGGAACGUUGGAUCUCCACCAAAUACCCUCAAAUCUCCGAGCGGGCUCGUCAACAGAACCCGGCUAUCACCGACGAGGACCGGUUUACCAUUAAUAAGCGUGUGACCGAAUUGUUUCUACAGGCGGCUCAAUUACUGCCGGAUGGGGCCAACAUGGAUGCUGAUGUCCAAAUGGGUUUGGGUGUGUUGUUCUACGCCAACGAAGACUUCGACAAGACUAUCGACUGUUUCCGCGCAGCUCUUUCCAUCCGUCCCGAUGAUCCCAUCUUGUGGAACCGUUUGGGUGCGUCGCUUGCGAACUCCAACCGUUCUGAGGAGGCUGUGGACGCCUACUUUAAGGCUCUCGAAUUGAAGCCCGCAUUUGUGCGUGCUCGGUACAACUUGGGUGUCUCGUGCAUCAACAUUGGUUGUUACAAGGAAGCUGCUGAACACUUGUUAAGUGGUUUAGCUAUGCAUCAAGUCGAAGGUGGCAGUGACUCCCCUGGUCUUAGCCACAACCAACUGACGGCACUUACCGAAACGUUGAAGCGAGCUUUCAUCGCCAUGGACCGCCGUGAUUUGUUGGAAAAGGUUAAGCCCGGAAUGGACCUCAACCAAUUCCGCAAUGAAUUUAAUUUUUAA